UGUAGGUUGGCUUUUGCUUGUUCAUUCCCUCUUUCCAAUCUCAUUCUCAUCUCAUUCCCCCAUUAGAGAAUCAUCUACACACACGCACACAGCAAUGGAAAAGGACAUGUUUCUCUACUCGUCUUCUCUCUUGGACUCUUUUCAACAGAGCAUGGAUAGUACAGAUUAUUCACUCCACUCUCACGAGGAUAUGGACGUUGCUUUUCCUUCUCUCUCGCAUAUCGUCUCAUCAGCAUACAAGGGGGAUGCCAUUUAUUCUCCCUAUGUUCAACCAACCACCACAAACAACGAGGAUGACGAGGUCCUUCUCACGCCCCUCAUUUCGCCCGCAAUGACGCCCAGCACAGACUUUUCACGCAUGACCAUAUCACAACACAAUCAGCUCUUUAGUCCCCUCACUUCCCCUGCUCUCCAUCCCCAAGACUCGAUUGACUCAAUAUCCCUUGGAUUCUCCUUUUCCUCUCUUGCAAACCUUGACUCGAUAUCGGCGUCCGUCUCGGCUUCCCCCUCGCUUCCUCCCAUGUGCGCCAUUAAUGCCGCCCUGUCUUCUCCCGCCCUCCCACCUUCAAAGCCUUUCCAAACGCCCCAUGUCGGCGCUUCCCCUGCUCUCCCACCACAGAAUUUGGAAAUGUCUUCGCCUGCUCUCGUGGGGAUGCAGUCGCCCGCCCUAAAUGGCAUGGCAUCCCCAGGGCUGGCUGGUCUCCGAGAACGCCCCAAAAAGACACCUCUGGCCUCUCCCUACAUUGUUCCCCGCAAAGGCGCGCUCGUAUCACCCGCUCUCAAACCCUUGCGUGCCCGUUCCACCCAUUCCCCAGAGGCAACAAGUAGUACAACCACGACAACAACAACAACAACCACAACGUCGUCGUCGUCGACAGCUCCCGUGUUUAAAACCCCCUUUCCCGUCCUCCCCGUCACCGCUACCUCGUCGCAACAACAACAACAUGCGGCAGCGGCAGCGACCCUCAUUUCACCCGCCCUGACACCCCAACUGGCUCCCUCCCUCCAUGGCCUAGAUCUGGCUCCCAUCACACCGGCCCAGUUGAUGAAAUUGGACGGAUUGGCCUCUCCUGAUGGCACAGAACCAGCACCCAAUGUCCUCAAUGCGCUGGUAUCGCCCUGUCUCAAGCCCCUCCUGCCCAAUGGAUCUGCAAAUAAUAUGGACGCUGCUCUUCGUCUCACGCAAAAGAGCAAUUAUCAAAACAUUAAAGAGGGGCACACAGAACAACUCGGUCUCAAAUACAACAAGGACGUGACGGCGUCCGUCGAAGCCCGCCGAGACUGCCACAAGCAAGCCGAACAACGUCGUCGCGACUCGCUCAAACAGUGUUUUGACGAACUCCGACGGGUCUUGCCUCCCAUCCACGAAAAGAAUCCAAGCAAAGUGGUUGUACUCAAGAAGUGUUGUGAGUACAUUGCGGAUUUGCAAUUGCGUGAACAAGAAACAGAGCGUGUGCUGGCUGAACUGCGUCGAGAGUUGGCUGUUGCCAAGGGGAAUGCUUGAUGGAUACCCAUUUAUUUAGAGUUGCGGAAAAGCAUGUGGGGUUCUUUUUUUUUUUUUUUUUUCUUUCAUCCUAUCCCUCUAAUUGCAAAGAUUACUACCAAUGUGAUACAUCUUGGCUUUGCUUCGCACCCGCAAUAUAUCAUUCCCUUGGCACGUCA